AGGAUGCCCUGAGAGAAAUCAGAAUAAUGGCCCCAAAAGGUGGGCGUGUAAAGCAAUGGAUACCACCUCUACAGGAGUACAAGGAAGAUAUCGAGGCUCAGCCAGAGGGCUAUGACGAGUAUGAUUUGGGUACAGCAGCAGGAAGUCAUUUGGUGGUUGCCGCUCUUAUAGCAACAGUAUCAUUUACAGCAGGUCUCAGCGCGGUACCUGGUGGAUUUUUUCCAGAGCCUAAAAAAGGGGAAGGAGGCACUGCCAUCUUAAGCCACAGCAUAGCAUUUCAAGCGUUCCUCUACACGGACUGUUUCGCUUUAGUCUCUUCUCUUUCGGCCAUUUUUUGGAACUUUUGGUUUGUUUUGACUGGGCAAAAAAACAGACACUUCCUUACUUUGGCCUUCAGAGCUACUCCCAUUUCUAUUUACAUGCUGAUGGCUGCAUUUUUAACCGGCACAUAUUCUUUUUUCCAGCCUUCCCAAAAAACUGCUGUUGUUUUCGCGUUCUUGCCAGUGAUUACCUUUAAUAUCAGCACGUUGAUCAAUUCCUGGAAAGCAAUUCCUAGAAAUCAACCAAGAUGGCAGAAUAACAAAUUAAAAUGGCGAGUUUUGCAUGGACAUGUCACUUCCGCCACAACAAUAAUAGCUGCAUCGUCUACACUUAUGAAAUGGUUUAAGUGUUGGCACUCGAAAUUCUCCAUUGAAGGCUUGAAGCAGGCAAUUGGCUUCGUACUUUCAGAGGCUCUGAGUCUGAGCUUUCGCUCCUCCAUUGAAGCAGCCUACUGCCUACAGAGUAAUCCAAUGUCAGACACACAAUUUGGUGCCGCAAUGUCAAUUUUACUUGGUUUGGCACCACCACAUAUGCUUUUAACUGCUAGUUCAUCCAAGAUAUGCAGCAGAGCAAGGUUUAGGCUCCUUGUGGCUCGUAUAUUGAGUUUGAAAAGAAUACGGUUGGAAGGAGAUGCAAUUUCUGUGUUUUUUAGGUUAAUUCUAGCACUAGAACUGCUGUUAGAAGUUCUGUGA